AUGUCGGACCAAAUGAUUGGCCUUCUGCUGGCGCUCUCCAGCAGCAUCUUCAUCGGCUCCAGCUUCGUCAUCAAGAAGCGCGGCCUGCGGAGAGCGGGGUCCACCGGCGUGCGCGCAGGUGCCGGCGGCUUCUCCUACCUGCUGGAGCCGCUGUGGUGGGUGGGCCUGAUCACCAUGGCUCUGGGGGAGGUGGCCAACUUUGCGGCCUACGCCUUUGCCCCCGCCAUCCUGGUCACGCCGCUGGGGGCGCUCAGCAUCAUCAUCAGCGCUGUGCUGGCUCACUACCUGCUGAACGAGAAGCUCAACGCCUUUGGCGUGGUGGGCUGCCUGCUGUGCAUCUCGGGCAGCCUGGCCAUCGUGCUGCACGCCCCCGAGGAGCGCCCCAUCGCCUCGGUGCUGCAAGUCUGGACGCUGGCCACGCAGCCAGGUUUCUUGCUGUACGUGUGCGUGGCGCUGGCUGCCACCAUGUACCUCAUCUUUGGCGUCAGCCUGGAGGUGCAGGCGGGGAACAUACUGGUCUACGUCGCCAUCUGCUCCAUAGUGGGCUCGCUGUCGGUGAUGAGCUGCAAGGCGCUGGGCAUUGCGCUGAAGCUGACGUUUGAGGGGGACAACCAGAUGGCCUACCCCCAGACAUACAUCUUCAUGGUGGUGGUCGCAUCCGCGGUGGUCACCCAGAUGAACUACCUGAACAAGGCGCUGGACCUGUUCAACACCGCCAUCGUGACCCCCAUCUACUACGUCAUGUUCACCACCCUCACCAUCGCCGCAUCCAUGAUCAUGAUGCGCGAGCAGCAGACGCCCACGCAGCUGCUCACAGAGGCGGCGGGCUUUGUGACCAUCGUGUGCGGCACCUUCCUGCUGCACACCACCAAGGACGUGGACCUGCCGGUGGAGGCGUUUGCGCAGCUGCUGACGCGGGGAGCAUCGCCCGGCGGGGGCGGCAACGGCAUGAUGGCGCUGGGGCCCAGCAGCGCCAAGCUGGCGGCGGCGGCGGCUGACGAUGCGGCAGAGGCGGGGCUGGAGCUGGGCACCGCAUCCACGCCAAAGGCGGUGGCGCUGCGGAGAGGCGCUGGCGUGCCGCGGUAG